AUGUCCGUUGACCAUGCCAUUGACCCCCGAGGGGAAGUCAUCCUCAUCGUCCCAGGCAUCGAAAACGCCAAAGACCCCGCUGUCCUCGAUGACGGCCUUGAACCAGACACCGUUGAACAAUCCCCAGCCACGUCCGUCAUCGAGACCAAACAACGCAAGGAUAUCCGAAUCCAGAAGGAAGGCAGGGAAUUCAAGCAGAAUGGCACUAUUGAGAUCACCGUCGAAAGCUGGGAUAUGGAUGCUUUUCUGGUGGUCCUGUAUAUUAUCCACGGUGACCUGUUGAGGGUGCCUCGAGCCUUGAACUUGGGGAAACUCGGGAACGUUGCUAUAAUUGCGGAUUAUUACGGUGUCCCAGAAGUCAGGUUCUUCGCCGAUAUAUGGAUGGACCCCUUGGAGGACAUGGUACCGCACCAUGGGAGUAGAUGCUCGGGCGAUAUUGUUUCUUGGCUUUGGAUUUCGUACUUCUUCCGAGACGCAGAAUUAUUCGAGACUUGCACUUUUAUCCUCAUGAACGAGGGCGAAGACGAGAUACAUUCUUGUGAUAUAGACGACAAGAGGACCUGCGCGAUACAGCGAAUACUAGACGCCUACCGAUCCCGCAAAAACGACAUCCUUCAGCUCACGAAAGAGAAUGACUCGGACUUGGAUGCGGAAUAUGACCUACAAUGCACGUCCAUGAUGCUCGGCUAUGUAUCUCGCCACUUGGAUAAUCUGGGACUGUUGUCUCCCGCGGCUGCAAGUCCAUUCUCUAGGGUGAAAUACAGUUCAUUCCGCCAUAUCUACGGGCUUGACCCUCCAAUUUUGGAAGCGCCAUGCGAUUGCCGUGACCAGGGCAAUAGCUUUGGAGAAAAUAACUGCAUCCAUUCUGACUUUGGCGGAUCUUUCCGGUUUCUUUACAAGAGAAUCCAUGGUCUCCAGCUGUCCAGGUAUGUCACUUAG